ACAGGUUUCAUUAUGGAUUGUCCUAAAAAAUCAUUGUUGGUGAUGCUCUCGUGCAUGGCAUUUCUAUUAAACUACAACAAUGGUGGCUUUGUAGACGCAGCAACAAACGUUGGCUUGAACUACGGCCUCCUUGGGGACAACCUUCCACCUCCAUCUGAAGUUAUCAACCUCUACAAGUCUUUAAGUAUAACCAAUAUUCGGAUCUUUGACACGAAUACGGAUGUCCUUAACGCCUUCCGAGGGAACCGUGAUAUUGGAGUUAUGGUAGGUAUGAAGAACCAAGACUUGGAGGCUCUUUCGGUCAGCGAAGACGCUGUUAACACAUGGUUCGUGACCAACAUUGAGCCUUACUUAGCUGACGUCAACAUCACAUUCAUUACUGUUGGGAAUGAAAUCAUCCCCGGAGAAAUCGGCUCUUACUCGUAUCCACCUUCCGCUGGAGAUUUCACGCCACAAGCACGAGAACAACUUACCCCGGUACUGAAGUUUUUGGCUCAAACAAAUACACCUAUCCUCGUCAACAUUUACCCCUACUUCGCUUAUGCUGCUGAUCCUAUCAACAUUCAUCUUGAUUGUGCCAUCUUCAACACCGAUGCGGUUGUGGUCCAAGACGGUCCACUUGGUUAUUCAAAUAUGUUUGAUGUGAUAUUUGAUGCGUUCGUAUGGGCAAUGGAGAAAGAGGGCGUAAAAGAUUUACCGAUGGUGGUAACAGAGACCGGAUGGCCGUCUGCCGGAAACAAGAACUUAACAACUCCUGAGAUCGCGUCCAUGUACAAUGGCAAUUUUGUCAAACAUGUAGAAAGCGGUAAAGGGACACCGAAGAGGCCAAACAAUAGCAUAAAUGGAUUUUUAUUUGCUACGUUCAAUGAAAAUCAGAAGCCAGCCGGAACCGAACAAAAUUUUGGAUUGUACUAUACUGAUAUGAAGCCCAUCUACAAGUUGUUUUGAUUUGAGAUUCUUGAAUAGUAGAAUAUCCCAAAUCAUCAAUAAAUGAUGCUCUAGUAGUUGUAAUAGAGUGGGAUAAGAUCAAGAUCCACAAUAACACUUAUUUUCUAUGUUGUAUGUUUAUUGAUUUUCUUUUCUUAUAUAAAUAUCCGGAAGCAGAACUCAUACCAUAUGGAUAUAGCUUGAAUCAAUGCUACCUUUUUCA